UUAUCCAGAGUCGAUUCUCCAUCUCUGGCUCCCUCUCCGAAAACCCCAAACCUCGCCCCGAAAAUGUUGCCGGAAGCAAUCGGAUUCCAGUCCUCCUCAAGUGGCGCAGCUUUUUUCAACCCAGUCCUACCUCUCCAAUGUCGAACUCCCCCUCCCUGUUUCUUCCCUUCUUCUCCACCCUUCCACCAUCACCGCUGCCAGCUGAAACAACGCAAGAAAAGUCAGCAGCCGCUGCUGGUGGCUCAGUGCGCUGGUAAAGAGGAGGCAGAGAGGUAUUUGGAGCAGGAAUUAGGGAUACCAAGCACUAAAACCAGGACAAAAGAAGAGUGGAAUGACAAGCCCGACACCUCUGGUUACGAAGCUCUCCUGAGGGGCGGUGAGCAGGUCACUUCCGUCCUUGAGGAGAUGAUCACCCUUCUGGAAGACAUGAACAUGGAUGAAGCGUCUGAGAAAGUGGCGGUUGAAAUAGCAGCACAGGGGGUGAUAGGGAAAAGAGUUGAUGAGAUGGAAUCUGGGUUUAUGAUGGCCCUUGAUUAUAUGAUUGACAUUGCCGGUAAAGACCAAGACGAUAAGCGAAAGGAACUGCUGGAAGUUAUCAAGGAAACAGUAUUGGCACAUUUGACCAAGAAAUGCCCUCCUCAUGUUCAAGUAAUUGGUUUGCUUUGUAGAACCCCGGAAAAGGACAGCAGGCAUGAGCUGCUACGUAGAGUGGCUGCUGGAGGGGGUGCCUUUGGAGGAAAAGGUGGCACUAAAGUUCAUAUCCCCGGAGCAAAUCUAAAUGAUAUAGCUAACCAGGCGGAUGAUUUGCUUGAGACAAUGGAAACUCGACCAGUAAUACCUGAUCGCAAACUACUUGUAAGGCUAGUGUUGAUCAGAGAGGAAGCCAGGGACAUGAUGGGAGGUGGAAUACUGGAUGAAAGAAAUGACCGUGGUUUUACCACCCUUCCUGAAUCAGAAGUGAACUUCUUAACCAAGAUCGUUGCCCUAAAACCUGGGAAAACUCUCCGAGAAAUGAUAAAGAAUGUGAUGGAAGGCAAGGAUGAAGGUGCUGAUGACACCAGUGGGGAUGGAGACAGCAGCGAUGAAAGGAAUCUAAAGGGUAUUGCUGGAAGGGGAAGUGUCACUGGCCGAAAGCCACUUCCAGUUCGCCCUGGUAUCUUUCUCGAGACUGUAACCAAGGUACUUGGUGGUCUAUACUCCGGGAAUGUCUCUGGUAUUACAGCCCAACAUCUAGAAUGGGUAACUUUCCCUUUCCCUUUCUCCCCUAGUUCACCAAAAGACACUCGAGGUCCUUCAAGAGAUAGCAUUCUAGUCCCUCAUGCAGAUUGACUUGCCGAGCCAAGUAAACCUCCGUCUCUAAGUUAUACCAGCAAACAUGCAGAGGUACAAGGGGACACUGGCAGACAUAUCAACAGAGCGAGGACCAUAACCUCUACAGGAAGUCUUAACCUUUUGAUCCUGAUGAGAAAACAAACUAUACAAGGUGGCAAUGAUGAAGCUGAGGAUUCCAUGUGUUAAACUAAUGCUCCUCUGAUGACUGUGAUCGCAAUCACAACACGAAGUGAAGAGAAGGAUAUGGAGAGUGAGAACAUUGAUAUGGAUGUCGUGAAGAGUAGAAGCAAACACAGCAAGGAUGGGGCUCACUGAUUGGCACUCGCAAAUAUAUAAUGCUUUUAUAGUUGUUUCUUUUUUGAGUUGUGCCUUCUUUUGCUUUGAUGAGGAUAACAUUGCCUUUCUUUUUUCUUCGUUUUUCGACCGAUUUGUCCCUGAUGGUUCAGUGUCAACUUCACUGGCCGACCCGACCUAACCUUGUCUCUAAAGUCUAAACCCACCUGCUGUCAUUUGCUUUCCAACCCUCUGUCUGUUGUCUCGUCGGUGAUCUCAUUUCCUUCGUCGCUAUCGAAGAUGAAGUUGUCACUUCCAAACUUUCAUUUUUCACUUAGGUUCAUGGCUAAUUCUACUUCGACUAAUUAAUGGUUGACACACCGGAGAAGCCAUGGCCCUCUAUCGAGGUCUAUUAAGUCAACACCGUCUUCUGUUACUGAAUUGUAAGGCUAUUUUAAACUUCCGGUUACUUUCUUAGCCACCUAAUUGAUUCCUUUAUCUC